GGGGCGGGGGCAGCGAUGGCGACGGCCGCGGCGGGCGCGGGCGAACUACAAGUCCCAGCAGCUCCCGCUGCGGCCCUCGGCCGGCCCCUCUCGCUCCCCGGGAGCGCCUGGCGGGGCCGCUGGGCCGAGGGGGCCGCCGGCGGGGCUGGCGGGCGGGGGGCUUCCUGCGGGCCCCGGGGGCGCGGCGGGCCGGGCAGGGGCGAGGGGCGCCGGGACCCAAGCUUCCCACGGGAGGAGGAGCCCAAGAUGCAGAGAGGGGCAGAGCCCUGGAACUGGGUACUGGAGACCUCUAGUGCUGGGUCCCAUGACUUCCAUCCAGAUCCGGCCCUAGAAGCAGCCAGCAUUUCCACACCAGGGAUGCGGCGCUCAGUCCUGGUCAGAAACCCAGGCCACAAAGGCCCAAGGCCCACUUAUGACGAGCUUGACUCUGACUCCGAGGACCUGGACCCCAACCCUGAAGAGCUGGACCCAGAGCCCGACCCAGAAGACCUCAACACUGUCUCCGAAGAUGUGGACCCCAGCUAUGAAGAUCUGGAGCCCGUCUCUGAGGAUCUGGACCCCGAUGCUGAAGCUCCGAGCUCCGUCUCGGGGACCCGUGACUCGGAUCCCCAAGAUCUCGACCCCAUGUCCUCAAGUUUCGACCUGGAUCCAGACGUCAUCGGCCCUGUCCCCCUGGUUCUUGACCCCAACAGCGACACCCUCAGCCCCACCGAAGCCCCAGACCUGGACCCCCUCUCAUCUAGCCUCACUGCCACUCCCGAGGUCCUGGCCGCCAGCCCCGCGGUGCUUCCUGCGCCUGCCAGCCCUCCCCGGCCCUUCUCCUGCCCCGAUUGCGGGCGAGCCUUCCGCCGCAGCUCGGGGCUGAGCCAGCACCGCCGCACCCACAGCGGCGAGAAGCCCUACCGCUGCCCCGACUGCGGCAAGUCGUUCAGCCACGGCGCCACGCUGGCCCAGCACCGGGGCAUCCACACGGGCGCGCGGCCCUACCAGUGCGCCGCCUGCGGCAAGGCCUUCGGCUGGCGCUCCACGCUGCUGAAGCACCGCAGCAGCCACAGCGGCGAGAAGCCGCACCACUGCCCCGUGUGCGGCAAGGCCUUCGGGCACGGCUCGCUGCUGGCGCAGCACCUGCGCACGCACGGCGGCCCGCGGCCGCACAAGUGCCCCGUGUGCGCCAAGGGCUUCGGGCAGGGCUCCGCGCUGCUGAAGCACCUGCGCACGCACACGGGCGAGCGGCCGUACCCGUGCCCGCAGUGCGGCAAAGCCUUCGGCCAGAGCUCGGCGCUGCUGCAGCACCAGCGCACGCACACGGCGGAGCGCCCGUACCGCUGUCCCCACUGCGGCAAGGCGUUCGGCCAGAGCUCCAACCUGCAGCACCACCUGCGCAUCCACACGGGCGAGCGGCCCUACGCCUGCCCCCACUGCUCCAAGGCCUUCGGGCAGAGCUCCGCGCUGCUGCAGCACCUGCACGUGCAUUCCGGAGAGCGCCCCUACCGCUGCCAGCUCUGCGGCAAGGCCUUCGGCCAGGCUUCCAGCCUCACCAAGCACAAGCGCGUGCACGAGGGCGCCGCCGCGGCGGCUGCCGCUGCCGCGGCGGCCGCCGCUGGCCUGGGCCUCAGUCCUGCUUCGAUGCUGCGGCCCGGGCAGGUCUCCCUCCUGGGGCCUGAUGCUGUGUCUGUUCUCGGCUCCGGCCUGGGCCUCAGCCCUGGCCCCAGCUCUGGCCUUGGCUCUGACCCUGGCUCCGAGCCGGGCUCCCUCCCUGAUCCCAGCCCCAAAGCUGUCUCUGGCUCCGAAUCUACCCCCACCCCUGAUUCUAUCAAAGCUUCUGACCCUAAGCCUGGUCACGACGCAGAUCCCGACCUUGUGGCCAGCCCUGACCACGGAUCUGGCCCCAGCUCCGACUCCAACCCCGAGUCUCAUCCCGAACCCUGCUCCCCCACCCAUGACACUGUCAGCCCAGCCCUCCCUACUGGCGAGAGUCCUGAGUGGGUGCGGGAGCAAGGGGCGCUGCUGGGGCCCGACGGCUGAAGUGGGCGCCGAUGCUCCCGGGGGCCUGGGGAAGCUGUGUGUCGUGCAGUUUAGUAAAAUCCUCGCACUGCCUCCUG